CUGGGGGCGCCUCGUCGGGAGGCCCGCCGCCCGCGUCGGGCGCGGGCGACGCGGCGAGGGCCAGGAGCGCCCGCAGCGAGUCGGCGGAGCGGCGCGCGAAGCGCCAGCGCCUCUCGCUCGCGGCGUCCGCCGCCGCCGGCGGUGCGCCGACGGGGCAGGCGGCCGCGGCAUCGGAAAUCUUCGGGAGCCCCCCGCGCGAGGGCAGCUCCUCGUCCGGAGGGCGCCUCUUCCUGGGCGCGCAGACGGCCACCGUGGAGUGGCGGAUAGAGGACGGGGGCGGAGGGGGCCGAGGCGCCGAGGGGCUCGGGAGCCUCGAUCUGGAC